UUCACGUCGCUUUGACUGAUCCAACACUCAUUGGAUGAGCUUGAGGGGAGAACAGCCUUCAAACAUAGACCCGCACCUUUCAUUUUAUUUAGUCAAAUAAAAAAGUCGAGUUUUGUAGAUGCAAACGUGAACGUGGUUUUUACUUUGACUUCACUUUUUGUUGUGACAUCGCGCGCAUACUGAAUCAAAUCUACUACACCCGCUGAGAUUUGCCCAUCAUCUCCAGUCGGGACAAGAGCAAGGAGAAGAGGACAUGUUCAACAGUUUUUAACUAAAGAAGCCUCAAUACUCAUUAACAAAGUUUCCAAGAAAUUCACAUGCGCACCAGGAAAGGGAAAUAUUUCCUCUUUUCGAAUCCCGUUUCCUCAGCACAUUCGGAGAAAGAGGGGAGCUUGAGAAAUCAUGCUGGUUUCUGUGGAGAGGGUCAAGAUACUAAAGUUUCACUCCUGUAAGUUGGAUGAGUAGGUUUGAGCUGUAAAAAUCAACGUGUUUUAUCUGGGAGAACAGGAAUUUUGCCGCAGCAUUCACGAGACACUGAUUUUAAUUUACAGAGGAAGGCUGCAGAGGGAUUAUGAUGACACCAAAUGACGACCUGAUCUGUGAGUCUUAGUUCUUCCCAUCCAUUUUGAGAAUGAAAGUGUUCCAGAUGGGGCCGCUGAGGCUCACUCUUCUAGUUCUGCUGAGCGGUGUGUCGUUUGGAGUGGUUGAACUGGAGCCCCUCGCUCAAAACCAGCCUCAGUCUCUCAGUCCCCAUCCACCUCAACAGAACAUCACCCUGGCAGUCAUCCUGCCUCUACACAACACUGAGUACCCCUGGGCAUGGCCCCGGGUCGGCCCUGCCUUGCACUGGGCCCUGGACAAGGUGAACUCUGACCCCAACCUGCUGCCAGGCUACCAUCUACAACUUGUUUUCAACAGCAGCGAAAACAAGGAAGGAGUGUGUUCUGAUUCAGUGGCUCCUCUCGUGGCCGUGGACCUGAAGUUCUCAUAUAACCCCUGGGCUUUCAUUGGGCCGGGAUGUGACUACUCGUCCUCACCGGUGGCCCGUUUCACCACACAUUGGGAGGUUCCGAUGAUCACGGGUGGAGCGAGAGCGUUAGGUUUCAAUUUGUACUCAUCCAUCACCAACAUCGGCCCCACACACAAGAAGCUGGGUGAGUUUGUGGUCAGGAUGCACCGGCAUUUUGGGUGGUACAAACACGCCCUACUCAUGUUUAACGAUAAUAAGAACGACGACCGGCCGUGCUACUUUGCCGUGGAGGGGCCGUACACACAGAUGCGCGAGGACAACAUCACGGCAGAUGACAUGGUGUUUAAUGAGAAUGAUGAACCCGUCCGUUAUGAAGUGCUUCUCCGGGACAUCAGCCAGAAAGCCCGUGUGGUGUAUGUCUGCUGCAAGUGGGACACGUUUCGCAAGCUGAUGGUGGAGUUCUUGAGGUUGGGUCUUCCUCAGGAGGAGUAUGCCUUCUUCUUCAUCGAUCUGUUUGGAUACAGUCUGCAGAGCCACCCUGCCAAACCAUGGGCACGUGGAGAUGCUGAUGACAAUGUGGCCAAAGAGGCAUUUAAAAGCGUGAAGAUCCUGACCUACAGAGAGCCUCAGAACCCAGAGUACAAGGACUUUGUGUCCAAACUGAAGACAGAUGCCAUGGACAUGUUUAACUUCAGUGUAGAAGAUUCUCCGAUGAAUCUGAUUUCUGGCUCAUUCCACGAUGGAGUCAUGCUGUAUUCUCAUGCUCUAAAUGAGACUCUGGAUCGGUCGGGUGCGAGGCCCUCAGGGGACGUUAUCAAUAAGAGGAUGUGGAAUCGCACAUACCAUGGGGUUACCGGACUCGUUCAGCUGGAUGAGAAUGGUGAUCGGGAGAUUGACUUUGCUCUAUGGGACAUGACCGACACGGAUACUGGAGUUUAUCAGAUUGUGUCCGUGUAUAAUGGCAGUCAGAAGCGGAUGAUUCCGGAGCCAGGGAUGAAGGUGUACUGGCUGAAGGGAAGUCCGCCUCCAGAUAUCCCACUGUGUGGCUUUAAAAACGACAACCCUGCCUGUCUGGCAAAGACGGUCACCAUGCACCAGAUGAUCUCCAUAGUGGUGUGCUUCAUUUUUAUCAUCAUCGUAACGGUCACAGUCUUCAUAUACAGGAAGCUGAAGCUGGAGAAUGAGUUGACUGCUCAGCUGUGGCGUGUGCACUGGGAGGACAUUCAGAUGAGUAACAUGGAGAAGGUGCUGCGCAGAGCUUGCAGCAAACUCACCAUGUCAUUGCUGCUCAUGUCUUAUUCAUCCCUCCACACACAGAGAGGCUCUAACUACGGCUCACUGCUGACUAUGGAGGGAAACUUCCAGAUCUAUGCCAAGACCGGCUAUUACAAGGGAAACAUAACAGCCAUUAAGUAUGUCAACAAGAAACGCAUCGAGCUCACCAGGAAAGUGCUGUUUGAACUCAAACAUAUGCGUGAUGUACAGAAUGAACACUUGACGCGGUUUAUUGGCGCUUGUAUCGACCCACCCAACAUCUGCAUCCUUACUGAAUACUGCCCUAGAGGAAGCUUACAGGACCUCAUGGAGAGUGAAGGAAUCACGCUGGACUGGAUGUUUCGCUAUUCUCUGAUCAAUGACAUUGUUAAGGGAAUGGCGUUCCUCCACAACAGCGUCAUUGUCUCUCACGGCAACCUGAAGUCUUCCAACUGCGUGGUGGACAGUCGCUUCGUGCUGAAGAUCACCGAUUACGGCCUGGAAAGUUUCCGCAAGGAGAACAACCUGGAGGACAUGCACGCUUUCUAUGCACGCCAGAUGUGGACGGCCCCCGAGCUUCUGCGUGCCGACAACCCACCUGCAUGUGGGACACAGAAGGGUGACGUCUACAGCUUUGGCAUCAUCCUGCAGGAACUCGCCCUGCUGAAGGGUGUCUUCUACCUGGAAGGCCCUUGUCUCGGCCCUAAAGAGAUCGUAGAGCGUGUGGCGGAGGGCCGCUGGCCGUACCUGCGUCCGCUGCUGUGUCCUCAGAGCCACAGUGAUGAGUUGGGACAGCUGAUGCAGCGCUGCUGGUCAGAAGACGUCAACGAGAGGCCUGACUUCAACCAGAUUAAAGUACUGCUCCGCAAAAAUAACCGGGGAUAUGGUUCCAACAUCCUGGAUAACCUCCUGUCCCGUAUGGAGCAGUAUGCCAACAACCUGGAGGAGCUGGUGGAGGAGAGGACGCAGGCGUACCAUGAGGAGAAGCGUAAAGCUGAAGCUCUGCUCUAUCAGAUCCUCCCACACUCGGUGGCUGAGCAGCUGAAGCGGGGUGAGAUGGUGCAGGCAGAAGCCUUUGAUUCAGUCACCAUCUACUUCAGUGACAUUGUGGGCUUCACCGCAUUAUCAGCCGAAAGCACACCGAUGCAGGUGGUGACGCUGCUGAAUGAUCUUUACACUUGCUUUGAUGCAAUCAUCGAUAAUUUUGACGUGUACAAGGUGGAGACCAUCGGUGACGCCUAUAUGGUGGUGUCAGGCCUUCCUGUGAGGAACGGGAAACUGCACGCACGGGAGAUCGCCCGCAUGUCUCUGGCUCUGCUGGAGGCCGUUCACUCCUUUCGAAUCCGCCACCGACCCGACCAGCAGCUCCGCCUACGCAUCGGCAUCCACAGCGGCCCCGUGUGUGCAGGGGUGGUUGGUCUGAAAAUGCCUCGGUAUUGUUUGUUUGGCGAUACCGUCAACACAGCUUCACGCAUGGAAUCCAAUGGAGAAGCCCUGAAGAUCCAUGUUUCCGAGGCCACACAGGCCGUCCUGCAGGAAUUCAACUGCUUCCAGCUGGAGCUCAGGGGAGAUGUGGAGAUGAAGGGAAAGGGACGGAUGAGGACGUACUGGCUGCUAGGAGAGAUCAGCUCCGAUAAUGCCUAAAAACUGACAGACAGAGAGAAAGAGCAAUGCACCAGAGAGGAGAGAACAAAACAAACGCAUCUAAACAUGUACUGGGACAGUGUGGGACACCGGGAUGAAGUAAUGUUUCAAAACUGGGUCUCGUUCAUCUUUUAUUUCCCAAAAGCUUCACGUUAUUGCUUCAUGGGAAUCUAGCUGUGACUUUUUUGCCAAGCAAACUCAAAAGGAAAAAAGUAUACUUGAGCAGAAUUGUUUAGACAAAUGAAAGAUGCCAUAACACACCAUCAGUGUGACCGGAUCGAGUGUUUACGGGUCUCGUAUUUUGUUUUGUCGUGAUAGGUCUUUGUCCAGAUUUUUUUAUGCAGUCAUCAGGAGUCCUCUGGGUCUGUUUGUUGUCAUUCAUGUUAUUGGUCACACAGAGACACAGUGCUGUAGUCACUCUAGUUUUUUACCCAUGCGAAACGUUCUCGAUUCCUCCUCUGGGAUGCUGGUCAGUUCAGAUCUCUUCUAUCUGCCAAAACUGAUCCAGUCAGCAGAGGGUUUUGAACCAUAGAUACAAGUUACGCACAGAAGAGAAAUAAUAAUAAAUGGCAAGUAUGGUUAAGAAAGCAUAGAAAUGUGCAAUGAUGGAUUUUUGUUCUCAGAUCUCAAGCGCAUUCCCUACAGAAAUCCACAUGUGUUGAUGUUGCAAUAGUGUUUCAGAGAAACCAGCACAGGGAUGUUCUUGUCUUCAUUUAAUAGCAGGAUUUACUUUCCCCUUACUGUCAUCAAGAAACACCAACACUUUUAACUUCAAGAAUGCGAGAUAUUUCCAGAUGGAACUUGAUUUUAUCCACUAGGAUUUCAUUUGUGAAUUCUCAGAUUACACUCGGAUCCAUUCGUGUGCUUGGAUUUCCAAAAAAAAAAAAUUAUAAAUUAAGAAGUUAAUACCGUUAUUCAGCAAGGAUGCAUUAAAUUGAUCAAAAGUGACAGUAAACACAUUUUUAAUGUUACAGAAGAUUUCUGUUUCAAAUAAAUGCUGUUCUUUUUAACUUUCUAUUCGUUUCCAUAAAAAUAUUAUGCAGCAUAAUGGUUUUCAUCAUUGAUAAUAAUAAGAAAUGUUUCUUGAAAUCUGCAAAUAAGCAUAUUAGAAUGAUUUCUGAAGGAUAAUGAUGCUGAAAAUUCAGCUUUGCAUCAAAUUACAUUUUAAACUAUAUUCAAAUAGAAAAGCGUUAUUUUAAAUUGUAAUAAUAUUUCACAAUAUUACAGUAUACUGUAUUUUUGAUGAAACAAAUGCAGCCUUGGUGAGCAUAAAGACUUAUGAAAACAUUCUUAUCAACCCCAAACCUUUGACCAGUAGUGUAGACCGUGUCAAAAAUAUCUCUAUAUCAUCUUUUCUAUACUAUUUUGCAAAAUAUUGAAGAACAAAAUAAGUAUGUGACACACAGCUAUAAUAAAAUAACACUGGCAAUGAUGCAAACAGCAAAAUGUGUACUUCCUUCCAGUCAAAGCUGCUGCCAUUUUAUUUAUUUUUAAAUUGUUUCCCUAAAAUUCCACAUUUCUAACAAUUAUGCAUACAAAAAACAUGAACAGUAGCUGGAGCCUUACAAUUAUAGUAAUUCAACUAUGUAAACAAAUAGUUUUGUUUCUUCAGAAUGCGAUGAAUGUGAACAAGAGCAGGAACAGUUAUGUUUUCAAUAUGCAUAAUACCUUUGUUAGGUUUGGAUGUUGCAAAGUUGAACCACCAUCAACAUUUCACAUUAAUGUGUACUCGGUAUUUUCUGAUAACAUGAAACUUUCUAAGCAACAGCUUCCUGUUGCACACGACAAAAUCUCAGCUACGCCCAAUUCCAUCCAGCAUGAAGUUUAAAAUCACAUAUUUCUCCCCCAUUGGGAAAACUUGCACAGAUUCUGGUGUUGUGUAAGGUGUCCGUUCACCUCCCUGUGUCUAAGCUGAGAUAAUGAGGAUGUGGAUAGAAACUUUCCCUGCUGCGAUGACAGCUGCUGAGCCAUCGAAUCUCACCGGGUCAGAGUCCUCUGGGAUGGCUGUUACAUUUUAGUACAAUCUUUGAUCCACUUCCUGUGCUGAUGACUGCAUACAGUACAUCCUGAGAUGGAAACAGUCCAACGAUUAUCUGGUGGCAUUGAAAGCUUUGUUAAUCACGCUGCUCUAUUUUUGAAAUAAACAUGAAUGUCUGGGCCAGAUGUAAAUAAAUGUGGUGUUUUUCCACAUGACUUAUCUUCUGCUGUGACAACUGUCAGUCAAACUGUAGCAAUGCAGCACGUGGAUGUGACAGCGGACGUCCUGUGUCCUGAGAUCCUGAUUUAUAAUGUCAGAUGUAUACAGUCUUUAAGCAGCAGCUCUGUUGGGAGGGCAUGAAUAAUGAUUGUAUUGAUUAAUCUGUCCUCUAUGUGUGGUUUGAAUAGCUGGGUCUGUGGGGGAUAUUAGUAUACAUUACUACAAAGUCUUUAAGUGAAGUUUAAAUUGAUUAUUGUGGGGUUUUUUAUGUUUGAGGGGAGGGGGAUUGUGUAAAAAUAAACACAUUAAAAACA